AUGGCGUUCUUAAGAUUACAGAGUGAUCACAUUUCAUCCAUUUUGUCGGAAAAGCCUGAUCGGGUUCUUAGGUGUAGACAUGUGUCUAUCGCAGAGCCUCCUACACAAAUCAUAGGCCUUUUAAGAGAAGCUGGCCACGAAGUCAUCGGUCAGACUUCCGGCUUAGGAAGUGCUGUCUGUGCAGAGUUGCUCGGAGUGGUCCCACCGGCGGAGCAAAGGAAAGGUCAGAGUAUAACUCUAACAUGGCUUGAGGAAACAUUUGGCAUGCUGCCAUACGAUGCAGGUCAACGACAGAUAAAAUGUUAUGCACGUGCCUAUAUCCUAAGGCUUAUCGGUUGUGUCCUCAUGCCAGAUAUGUCUCAAAAUAGGGUUCAUCUGAAGUGGUUACCACUUCUGAGGUAUUUUACAGAAGCAGGAAGAUACAGUUGGGGUUCAGCAUGUGUAGCAACCUUGUACAGGUCUUUAUGCCAUGCAUCCAACAAGGAUUUGAAAAAUAUCAGUGGAUCUAUGAUAUUACUUCAAUCAUGGGCAUGGUACAGGAUUUCAAGUAUAUCCCCUCGAACCCGUGCUAUCUGGGCGACAUUGAAGUGGAUGAUGAUAGCUCAUAGCAACAAGCACAAUGUGAAGAUAUAUAGGCGACUACUAGAUCGGUUGGAGAUGCAACAGUAA